GUCGGUCGCGCGGCUCGGUCCAUUGAACCGCUUAGAUGGCAUGUCAGCGCGGCGCGAACUCUGUAAAACCGCGCUAUCUCGUCCUGCUUUUGGUUUGUUUGGCUUCCCAUAACACUCGGUUUCUCUCGCGCGCGCACUCGGUCUCUCUCGCGCAGGUUCGCUCGCUCUCGGACAACUCGAUCUCUCUCGCGCGCACAUUCGGUUUCUCUCGUGCAGUGUCGCUCGCUCGCUAUGAGUCUGUUUAAUAUUAAUAUUAAUAUCAGUCUGAAGCUCUGCGCGAGAAUAGAGACAGCUUAAGUGAAGAGAGAGAUGGCCGUAUUACAGUAUAACGUGUCCAUUUUAGUUUGAUUUGUUUUUGUAGCUUUUAUCAGAGAUUUAUUUUCCUUAUACUCGUUUUUUUUUUACAUGUAGACCUAUGUGAAGAGUGUGCUUGUGCGAACCAUCUAUAAAGACUCGUGGGACUACCAGUUCAUUCACCUUGGGAUUUUCUUCUCGCCUCCUGUUUACUAUUUCAUCUGGGCACUGUGAGCAGACUUCAAUCCUUCUGACAGACGUGACAGCAAUUUAAAUUCUUUUGAUUGUGAAAAAGGUUCUGGAACAUUUGCUGUGUUCAGAAGAGCAAUGAUCUUCCAAUACAGUCUGUUAUUGAUCCUCUGUGGCUUCACUGCACUCUCUGUCUCAACAGAGACAUGUGGAAAAGAACUACAAGUGGGAACGUCCUGCAUCAUUAAGCUACCAGAAAAAUACAAUGACAAAUCUAAUGACAUCAAAUGGACCCAUUCCUCCAGUGACGCCAUAAUUCAGAGGAAAAACAAUAAGAUGAAGACAAACACUCCAGGUUUAACAAUGGAAGAAGAUGGAUCAUUAAGAUUUCAAAGUGUUAGUCUGAAGGACACGGGCACAUAUAUAUACACAGUUACUAGUUCUGAUGGUAUGGAGAUUGGUAAAGGAGAAGCAGAAAUUAAAGUAUAUGAAAAGGCCCCUAAACCUACUGUGAAGAUCAACUGCACCGCUGAUGGGAAUGCUGCUCUCACCUGUGACGUGGAAAACAAUAAAGAUCCGAGUCUGACUGUAUCCUGGUAUGAAGAUGGAAAACUCAUCCAGAAUGAAAUAAAUCAUCAAGUGUUCUUGUCAUCUACUCAAGUACAGGAGAAUAAAACAUACUCAUGUGAGACACACAAUCCUGUCAGCAGAAAUAAAAGUGAGAGUGUUACUGUAUCAUGUGGAAACCUUGUCCAUGGCUAUGACUCUGGCGUUGACUUUGACUCUUCUUCAUGGAUCAUAGUGAGAACCCUAGCCGGCGGAGGAGCCCUUCUGUUGCUGCUAAUAUGUGUUCUCCUCAUCAGUGCGUGUUGCAGACGUCAGCGACGCAAAAAGCUCCAACAAGGCCAAGAUGAGGAAGAGUUCAGGCUAGCAGAUCUUACCCAUGCAGAUCUUACUGAUACCAACAGAUCCAAACACAAUGCUACGGGGCAACUGCCGCCCCCCAUCCCGCAAGAAGACCCCAUGCCCUCCAGUUACUCAACACAAACCCCACCUCGAACCCCAUCUCAACCCAAAGCCCAGAUCUGUGCUCGACCCCCAUCACCGCUUCAGGACGAGGAUGAGGAAAAUCCAUCUCCCAUACCUCACCAGAGAAACAAACAGCAGUGAACCAAGAGAAAUCAAGAGCCGUACUGACCAAUGGAAUGAGACGCUUGAAUGUUCACUGAAUGAUAGUAUAUGGGACUUUCCUAGAAUGAUUUUCAUUGACUAAAAAUCAUAUUUUGAUGGUAAGAGAGUCAUUAAAGAAAUAGUUUCCUAAAAAUGAGAAUUCGGUUGCGCUAUACUCCCAAGUCUUCUGAAGUCAAUUUGUCAUGAUUUACAAUGUGAAAUAUUGACUUUUUUGUUCGAGAUUAACAAAAUUGAUUCUUCCAAACCAUGUUUUUGCCUUAAAUCAUUAUAAAUAUAUUCUUUUUUUUCUCUUUAUUUCAAUUAAAACAAUUAGAGUUGUUGGGAUGGAUUUCAAAGGAAAGUCCAUAAUUAAAUAAUUUGUCCGUGCGUGUUUAUGUCAUAUCCAUACAUAAAGGAAAGAAUGUUUAUUUUAUAUAUAUAGUGUCUGUCCAAAUACCCACACUUGCGGUCUUUGUGCUUGACCACUUGUGUACUUGCAUGAUGUAUUUCCUGCAUUUGGCUCAAGUGUUCAUUUUGGCGUGAAAACCGCAAGUGUGUGUAGAAGCUUUCAUUACACGAUGGGACACACUUAUAGUGGUGUAAAAAUGUAAGGGUUUACAGAGCUUUAUUUUGAUUUUCAAUAAUUUGUAUUUUAUAAUAAACUUCUAAAUGUCUGUUCAGUAGUCUUAUAACAGACGACACAAUUUAGUAAUCAUGGUGCUUCUAAUUAAGUGAUAAAAAGCAGAUGCAAAUGAUAAUGAAAUACACAUCAUGUAGAGAACAGGGGCGAUUUCAAACCAUGUUUUUUGAGACUGUCUUUGGUUUUAAGAAGAAAAUAUUCAGCAAUGGUGUUGACUGUUGAAUUUGCACAUGGUUUUUUCUUAAAAACACCACAUAGACAUAUAAACAACAUUAAAAACUUGAUUUUCAACAUUUGGUUGUAUUUUAGCUCUUAAAUAAAUGUAAGGCCAAAAUAAACAACCUUAUACUGUAUAUC